AUGUCUCGGCAAGAUCUGCUGGAGGCAGGAGAGGCGACCGCUGUGGUGGGUGCAAUUAUAUGGCUAGCGCAAACCAUCCUGGAAACUCUUCAACCAGGAAAACUUGCCGACUGGCUUCGUCAAGUUGGCCUCACUGCUGCCAUCGAGGAACUCAAAUCUGAGGUCGAGAGGAUGGAGACGGUGGUUAAUGUUAUGAUUUCUCCUGCUAUUGGACCGGAAGGCAUAGUUGGAGAUGGAGCAGAGCAAGUAGAUGCAUCGGCCAAUACUUCUGUUAUGCUUGCUCCUGCUACUGAGCCGGAAGGAAUGGUUGGAGAUGGAGAUAGAGAUCGAGAAGGGCAAGUAGAUGCAUCGGCCAACAAUACUGGUACACUGAAUAGUAGCGUCCGCAAAAAUCGAUCCGAGAUGCGGGACUACUUUCAGAUUAUACCAUCUGUUAACAGAGAGCCUGCAAAAGCGAGGUGCAAUCACUGCGGCAGAGAGCUUACAUGGGGUCACGGGACAUCAGCUUUGCACAAGCAUCUCAAAAGUUGCAACAAAAAACGUUCAGCAAUUGAAGAGACGCUGAACCCUCCAAGUGUCGGCAACAGUGUACAAAAUGGUGCCACAAUUUCGACCAAUGAUUCAGACGGCAGAAAAAGGAUGAGAGUUGAGUACAAUGUAGCUACAACCACACACCUCUGGGGCAAGGCUGAAUUUUUGAAAAGGAUCCAGGAAAUAGUUCUUGAGUUAAGAAGCAUCCGAGGCGAUGUGAUUGAGUAUCUCAAGGACUCUAUUGCAAGGUCUGAUCAGUAUCAGAUUAACAACUCAGAUACACGAGUAAGAACAUCAAGCUCUCUUCCUGGAAAGGUAUAUGGAAGGGAUGUGGAGAAAGCCAAAAUCAUAAAAGCGAUCAAAGCUGCUAAGUCGGACAACAUAACUGUGCUACCUAUUGUAGGUAUUCUAGGAGUUGGGAAGACAGCUUUAGCUAAGCUUGUAUACAAUGAUCCACAUGUUGAAAGAAAAUUUGAGCGGAUAUGGGUUUGGGUGUCCAACAUCUUUGACGAAGUAAGAGUGACAAGGGAGAUCUUAGACGUUGUUACUUUGGCUAGCCAUGAAGGAUCUCGCAAAAGAGAAAGUUAUGAAGGAGUAAGCAACUACUCGAAGCUUCUAGAGGUCUUAAAGAAACAUAUGGCAUGUCUGUCCAAAAGGUUUCUCCUAGUUCUAGAUGAUGUCUACGACUGCAUGGAUAAUUCCCAAUGGGAAGAUCUAUUGGAUGCAUUGGGAUCAAGUUGCACAAACGGCAAUGUGAUUAUUGUGACAACUAGAAAUUUGUCUGUUGCAAAAAGGCUGGGUACAAUCAAACCAGUUGAAUUAAGAGCUCUAGGAAAUGAUGAUUUUUUGCAAUUGUUUAGAGCUUGUGCAUUUGGUGAUAAUAAUUAUAAAGAGCAUCUAGACACCGGCCUACAAAUAUGUGCAAAGUUAAAGGGAAACCCAUUAGCAGCGAAAAGUGCAGUGGAAAUGUUAAGAGAGCAGCCUUCAUUAAGAAUGUGUUUCUUGGCAUGUUCUAUAUUCCCUAGUGACCAUCAAUUUCAUAUUGAUGGUUUGGUUUCCAUGUGGAUAUCAUCGGGAUUUGUGAAAUAUAUUGAGACAGGAUGGGAUUAUCUCAAUGCUUUGGUCAACUCAUGUUUCUUUGAGCAGGUUGGAACAAAAGAUGACUCCGUUGGAACAAAAGAUGACUCCAUUCUACAACAAUGCUAUGUUAUGUGUGGUAUGGUGCAUGAAUUUGCGAGACUGGUUUCAAGGACCGAUUUUGCAACUAUAGAUGGUUUAGAGUGCAAAGAAGUGCUACCAACCGUGCGCCAUUUGUCAAUUCAAACUGAUUUGGUGUACCAUAUAGAUGAAUGUGAGAACAUAGUUGGUAAUGUGAAGUUUGAAGAAAAAUUGCAAAGUAUAGCUUCUUCAUUAAGGAGAUUGAGGACGGUGAUCUUAGUUGGGCGCUAUGAUUCUUUAUUCAUCCAGUUCAAGUCCUUCCAUACCUUUAUCUCCAAUUUGGUAAAUUGUACCCAUCUUCGCUACCUAAAACUUGAGAACAAAGGCAAAAGUGAAUCUUUGCCUAUAUCUCUAAGCAAGUUUUACCACCUUGAAAUAUUAGAUGCUGGGUGCCAAGCAAUUGUUCAUGAUAUGAGUGAUCUCAUCAGCAUGAGGCAUCUUGUUCUGACAAAAGGAGCUUGCACCCCAGCUAGAUCUGCUAGCUUGCAGAUGAUCCAUCUAGAGGAUUGUAAAGGAUGGCAAAUAAUCCCAUCUCUAGAAAGUCUAUCAUCUCUUACAAAGUUGAAGUUAAGGAAUAUGCCAGAAGUAACAGAGUUGCUAAUUCCUUCGUUAGAGGAGCUGGUGUUGAUUGAUAUGCCAAAGUUGGAAACAUGUUUCUCUAAUUCAGUGAGGGACUUGAACUCAAGUUUGAGGGUACUGGAGAUCAGGAGAUGCCGGGUACUGAAGGCCUUUCCCCUAUUUGAGAGCUGUGAAAAUUUUGAAAUCGACCAGAAGUCAUGGGUGCCAAAUAUUAGUGAGCUGACCAUCCAUGAGUGUCCUUAUUUAGUGGUAUCGAAUCCUCUACCAUCAUCAAGUAGCUUUUGUAAAUUAUCGAUCACAGAUGUUUCAACACUUCCAACAAUGGAGGGAUCAUCAAAUGGGGAAGUGAAAAUUGGAUUUUAUGGUGACCCAUCUUCCAUUGAGUUCCUGGAUGACAAAAUUUUGUCAUUUCACAACCUGAGGACCAUAACUCGAUUGAAAAUAGUGCGCUGCAAAAAAUUAUCUUCUAUUUCACUCGAAGGUUUUAAUCUACUCGUCUGCUUGAAGAGGUUGAAAAUAAAGCGCUGCGAAAUUUUUUUCUCUACCGAUGUUCCAUCAGCGCAUACCCAUGAAGACAUGGCAGCCGCAGAUUUUGAUGCCCUCCCAUCUCUCAAGCGUCUCAGCAUUCAGUAUUGUGGAAUGACCGGGAAGUGGUUGUCUUUGAUACUCCAACAUGUGCGAGCCCUAGAGGAAUUGCAUCUAGCUUUUGUUUCACUUGUAAACCUUGUCCUUGUUGCUCAAGUGCUCAUGUUGCUGAAUGCUGAAUACGGUUUUCCUGAUUGGCCUUGUCGGCCGUUCUGA